UGUCCGACAACGUCAUUACGUCACUCUGCAUCCAAACCUAGACCAGUCGCAGCCAUUUUAGUCCGCGAAAUAAACUUCAAUCUCAGAGCUAGACGAAUAAAAGAAGACUGAAUACUUAGCAUAAUUCCGUUGACGCAAUUUGGAUACCUCGUUGCAGACCACGGCUCGGAUGGAUUCGCUUUUCAAGUCGUCAUAUUUCGAUUCGACUCAAUGGCUUAGUGUGACUCUUCACAGCAACUAGCCAAGACUUCUUUCUCCGUCCCUUGUCUGCUGCUUCCUCAGGUAGCAGGGAGACAUUACACACAGGGACGGUGAUCCGUUGGUUGCCUCAGAGCCUCCCCAACCUCCUGAGGCAGGAUGGAGCCCCAGGCUUCCCAGAGGCAGUUAGGAGCAGAGGGGGAUUGCGAGAUGUCAAAUCUACUGGUGCCCAGUCCCCAGAGCGAGGCUGUGACCCAUGAGAUGGAGGAGCUGUCGCUGCAGCCCAUACAGAGCCUGCCUCCGCUCAGUGAACGCAAAAAUGUGCUGCAGCUGAGACUCCAGCAGAGGCGAACCCGGGAGCAGCUGGUGGACCAGGGCAUUAUGCCACCUUUAAAGAGUCCGGCAGCUUUCCACGGGCAGAUUCGCAGCUUGGAGAGAGCCCGGACUGAGAAUUUUCUCAAACAUAAGAUCCGCAGUCGUCCAGAAAGAGCAGAGCUGGUCAGGAUGCACAUCCUGCAAGAGACCGGAGCAGAACCUUCACUACAGGCCACUCAGAUGAAGCUGAAGAGAGCCCGACUAGCAGACAACCUCAACGAGAAGAUCGCCCAGCGACCAGGCCCAAUGGAGCUGGUGGAGAAAAACAUUUUGCCGGUGGAUUCCAGCGUUAAACAAGCCAUCAUCGUGGGCCAGGUGAAUUAUCCAAAGGUUCUUGAGGAAGACAGCAACGACGCUUUGUCCCCGGAGCAACCGGCCAGCCAGGAGUCCCAGAGCUCUGCGCCCUCACCGGUGGAGAGCAGAGCACCAGAGACGCCCUCUCCAGUAGCACUGCCCAGCACCAUCCUGCAGCCCGUCCCAAAAACAGACUUCAUGAAAGUAAUCGCCACCAAUGAGCCGCCUGCCAGCCACCCAGCUGUCACCCUCACUCAUCCAGUCGCUACAGUUGUACCUCCAAAACCAGCCCCAACACUGGUGAAACAAAGUCAGCAGAAAGCUCCCUCAGAGAAGAGUCGCAGUAAGAAGGGCAAGGAGCUGAAGCCGAGGGUGAAAAAGCUCAAGUACCACCAGUAUGUUCCCCCAGACCAGAAGCAGGAGGCCAGCGAAGCACCCAUGGACUCCUCAUACGCCCGGUUACUGCAGCAACAGCAGCUGUUUCUCCAGCUGCAGAUCCUCAGCCAGCAGCAGCAGCAUUACAACUACCAAACUAUAUUACCAGCACCGCUCAAACCUUUGGCAGAGGGUCAGAAUAACGGUGGGAGUACACUGCCAACUUCUAUUGUGGUGUCUUUGCCCACUGCACCUCCUCCUGCUGCUCUGCCUUCAGCAAUGGCCCGGCCAAACAACUCGCUGUCUAACCGUAAACCCGGUGUCCUGCCUGCCAACCUGGAAGAGAUGAAGGUGGCCGAGCUGAAACUAGAGCUGAAGCUUCGUGGCCUCCCAGUGUCGGGAACAAAGACGGAUCUGAUAGAAAGACUGAAGCCUUUCCAGGACAAUCCCAGCACCACUGCUGCUGCCAGCAUCCCCACUCCUGCCACUACUACCCUAUCUGCCAUCCCCAUGGAGGUUACCACAACUACCACACCUGCUGUAGUUCCAGUCCAGCAGGUGGCUCCAGAGAGCAUGAGCUCUACGCCGCCUGUCUCACCUGUUCCUUUUGAUCUCUCCGCCCUCCAGCAGGAUGUAGGGAUGUCUGAGGGUCUGUCUGAAAUUCAAAUGCUGACCUCGUUAGGGCCACAGUCCUCACUGUCUUUCAAAGUCCCAGAGGAAAAGGACAGAAGGCUCCAUGAGAAGGAGCGGCAGAUAGAAGAGCUGAUGAGGAAGCUGGAGCAGGAGCAGAAGCUGGUGGAGGUGCUGAAGAUGCAACUGGAAGUGGAGAAGAGAGGUCAGGGUGACUCUGCCUCUAUGUCCCCCAAGAUCGCUCCAAGAGCUGCUGUGAACUCUGUUCCUCCUGUCCUCAACUCUAACCUGGUGAAAGUCGAAGGUGCAGUCCUGUCAAAUUGUUCAUCGACUGCUGCUGCCACCCCAAGCUCAACCCUGGGUUCACAGGCACUCUCAGCACCCGUGGCAGGAGUGGUGAAGUUGGAGGAUGUGUCCGUUUCUUCUGGCAAGCCGCUGCAGACCCAAACCAAGCUCAUCACACAAAUCCAGGCCCCAGGUCCGCCUCAAGUAACCAGCAGCCCACAGCUCCUCUCGCAGUCCCAGAAAAGUCCCAAACUCCGAGCCCAGCCACAGUCCCAGCCCGCACCCCCCAGCCUGCAGCAGUUCUUCAUCAGCCACUCGGGUGGUGUUUCCCAGGUGUUGGGUCAGCCUCGGACUUUGUUGACAGCAACUGGCCAAGCUGGAACACAGAUCCUCCUUCCAGUGUCACUGCCCAACAACGCUGCUGCAAUCCAGCUGCCAAGCACCACCGUCAGCCUGCAGCCUGUUCUCCAGGCCACAGUCUCAAACCCAGGCCUGGUCCAUUCCUCAGUCCCUCAGCUGCAGACCACCAAGGUGGAGAUGGCACCCAGCCAGCAGCCGCUGCUACAAACUCUGACUAUGUGCAAUAACACUGCUGGCUUGGAGAACCAGAGUAGACCUGAGAUGAAUCCCCAGUGCUUUUUGAGAAGCUCCCCAGAGAAUAAGCUCUCUCCACGAGCAUCACCCAACCAUCGAAUCUCCAACGGGCCCCUCAAUAAGCCUUCCUCUCCUCAGCCCACCUUCAUCUUCCAGCCCACCUCCCUGGUUCCCCAGCCUCCUAAGACCAGAGAGCCUCCCCGCUAUGAGGAGGCCAUCAAACAGAGCCGCAGUCUUCACAUCAACAACGCUUCACAGGUUCCCACAGCAACCAGCCAGCAAAUGGACGACCUGUUUGACAUCCUUAUAGAGAGCGGAGAAAUCACUCCAUUUAUCCAUCAGAACUCACCGGUGUCUCACCCCAAGACUCUCCCUGUCACAGCCAGCAUCACCACCCUUCCAGUCAACACCGUCCUGUCCAGACCGCCCCCGCAGGUCCAGGUAGCCCCUCCUUCCAUGCUUGUGAACCCGUGCUUGCCCGGUCUAUCGUCCCUGGCCACAGACAAUCAGCUGGAAGCCUUUCUAGAGGGGACGCUGGCCGAGACGCCGUCUGCGUCAGACCCUCGCACGCAGGGCCUGAUGGAGGAGCUGCAGGCCCAGCUCAUGGACCAGCAGCCCUUCUCACCCAUGGACACGUCAGAGCUGUCUUUCUGCGAUUCCUCCUCGCCCUCGUCCUCACUCAACAUGGGCCUGUCAGACCCGGCCCUGGACAACAUGGAGUGGCUGGACCUCACCAUGCCGCCGGGUCCUGGCGGGAUGCUGACACCACUGGGGAUCCCAACGGACUUCCUGGAUACACAUGACCUGCACUGGGACUGAUGGAGGCUUUGAUGAUGAAGAUGGAGAAGUGUGAAAGAUGGAUGGAUGGAUGAAGGGAAAG